GGCCCGAUUGAGGUUGUGAGGAAUCACAUAAAUUCUCUCUUUAGACUUCCAUUUCAUGCUAAAAUCUGACGCCAAUAAAUCAUACCACCUCUUCCUUUAACAAUCAAAGAAACUUAACAAAUCCAAUUGCAAGCUUAUCAAGCUGAUGAAUAGAUGAUAAGCAGGAUUAACAACAGCUCAAAUGUCAUUAAAAUUCUUGUCUUGUAAUCAGUGGGUUCAACUUCAAAGUCCGGCAUCUUUAACAACCACCAAGGGAAGAGGGAUAGAAGCUGGACCUAGAUUUUUCAAACUACCACAAUAUACUCAGCAUAAGAGCCUGUCACCACGUUUAUGCGUUGCUAUGGAUCAAAAUAUCCGGCAAGAGGGUGCCUCUGGUGUUGGUCAGAAAGAUGGUGUGAUUAUUGUGGAUCAUGGAUCUCGUCGAAAAGAAUCCAAUCUAUUACUGAAUGAAUUUGUGCUGAUGUUUAAAAACAAAACUGGAUAUCCUAUUGUUGAGCCUGCACAUAUGGAAUUGGCAGAACCGUCCAUAAAAGAUGCUUUCAGUUCAUGUGUCCAGCAAGGGGCAAAUCGUGUUAUCAUUAGCCCAUUCUUCUUAUUUCCUGGAAGGCAUUGGCAUCAGGAUAUCCCGAACCUUGCAGAUGCUGCUGCUCUGGAGCAUCCUGGUAUCAACUAUCUUGUCACUGCACCAUUGGGUUUGCAUGAGUUGCUUGUGGAUGUUGUGAAGGACAGAAUUAACUAUUGCUUAAGCCAUGUAGCUGGAGAAGCGGAGGAAUGUGCAGUCUGUGCUGGAACAGGCAGGUGUAAGUUUAAAGUGCAGGACUCUGAAAUUGACUUGCAGCCUUCCAGCUGAUGUAGUGAGUUAAUACACCACACUUCUAUAGAUCAAGAUAAUGUCCUUAGACUAUCCACUGUGGAAGCUUCAUGCGCAUUGUUAUGCUGAAAGACUUGACUGUACACCUUGUGUGCUGAAUAAGUAUAUGAAGUGGCUUGAUUUCUCAUCAGUCUGAAAAUUUAUUUGAGUGGGCCACAUGAUAAGUGAGUAUUGUAUUGCAACAUCAUCAUGGCAAUGGUAAACCUAGUGCAUAAGGCUGAUUGAUGAAACACUAGCACAUUUCUUGAGAUGUACUCGUAACAAAAUUGUAGCUGUAGCAGUUCAUAAGUGUUCAAACUUCAUCAUUAACUUCAGUUUUGAAUUCUUGAUUGUAUAGGCUCGACAUGUCAAUAUAGAAAAUUAUGAAUGCUUCAUUUUUAUUCACUUAAUAAAUUCAUGUUGUUUUCAUAUAAA